CAGAAUAGUUCCAGAUGUGGCCAUGUUUAGUUUCGAUCUCCGAAGUUUUGCGCUCAUCGUCAUAUAAACCGCUACAUUUUUAUACUGACUGCUGAAAGAUUUCUUUUCCAGUUCCAUAUGUGGAGCGCUUAUUAAGCUCUCCCAAAUGCUAGCAUUCGGUCGACGCGAUUAUUCCGUCAGAGCAAAGACCUGUCGAGUGUGGUCGGGCAAAUUGAUCGUAUGAUCCGCCGUCUCGGCCGAUCGGACGGCCGCAGUGCUGAUAUAGGAAAUUCGGUACUUCACUCCGGGGUACCAUCGAGAGCGCAUACGCACAAAAGCGAAAAUGGCAGUAGAGAGUGUUUCCGCGGCUGAGACUCUGAUCCAAAGCAACAACGAUAACGAUUUAGAAGAUGGAGAAAUUCCAUCAGACGAAGAUGAUGAACCAAUUAUCUGUGCAACAAUUGAGGCACCAGUGGAGGUUGCCAAACCAACAUCAAAGCCAGAUACUGCAAAAAAUAAAAAUUUUGAUGCAAAGUUCAACAAGAACAAAAAAUCGCAAGCUGCACAAGCAGCUGGUAAGCAUGACCGAUUUUUGAAAUAUAAGGGACUGACUGAAGACUGGGCUGGAGAUGUCGAAAAAGCUAUUAAAGCUGCGAUGGAAGAGGAUGGAGGAAAGAAUCAAGAAUCCAAGCCAAAAAGUAAAAACAACAGAAAUAAAGUUAGGAAAAGAAUGCGCGAUGAGAGGGAAGAGGAUCGUGGUAAAGAUCAGAAGAAACGAAAAUUAAGCGAGGAUGAAAACACAAUUGAGGAUGAAGACGAAAUGUUGUUUGUACGGGGAGCUUCUCCCAUCAGGAAGGAUUCUCAAGAAAAUAAUUCUCCCAGGCGCACGAAUGAGCAUGAAAGUUUUGACAACAAUUCGGAUUAUGAGGAAAGAUCCAACAUAAAUCGACAUAGAGAAAAUGACAGCAAACGCGGUACUGGACGUGGAGGAGGUGGAGGAGGAGGAGGAGGAGGAGGAGGAGGGCGUCGUGGUGGCAAGAACGAACGCGGUAAGAACAAGACCCGGGGUCAAGCUCGAAAUGAUCGAAAUAGUCGGCGUCAGCAGAACAACGAUCACGGGCAAGAUCAAUCGGACACAAUUUGCGUAUAUUAUAUGCAAGGAAAGUGUCACAGGGGGGAUGAUUGUCCAUAUUCGCACAACGCUUUGCCACCUAGAAAGAUGGAAUUGUGCAAGUUCUACCUUAUGGAUUGUUGUGCAAAACGAGACAAGUGCCUCUAUAUGCAUCAUGAUUUUCCUUGCAAGUUCUUCCACACAGGUUUAAAGUGCAGUCAGGGUGACAACUGUAAAUUUUCUCAUCAGCCUUUAAACGAACAGAUAAAAGGUAUUCUUUUAAAACACUUGGAAACUGCACCAAAGGAAAUUCUUGGUGAUUUUCCAAGGUUAAGUAGAGAAGGUGCAGUAUUAAUGAUAAAUAAUACAGCACGUUCUUUAGCACAAGGUCAAGAUACAACAAAUCAAAAGAUUCCUAGUCUCUUCGAAUUGAAUUUAUCAGUACCUGUAGAAAAGGCUGAUGAAAAAGAAGAGAAAGAAGAACAAACAAAUCAGCAAAAGAUUAAUGUGAGGGAAAGAAAACCUUCUGGAAAAAAGACGCGAUGGGGAUCAGAUGAGGACAGAGUUCCUUAUGAGCAGAUUAUGCUAAUGCAGUCAGCAAAUGAACUUGGGCUUCAACUUCCGAACGCGGCAUUAGGUUUAGCCACUCAACAGACACAAAUUGCUGCACCGCCUGUAGAUUUCUAUAGCGAAAGAACUGCAGAAUCAAAUAAAACUCUUGAAAAAACAAAAGAAGAUUAUCUGAAGACCAUAGAAGAAACAAAUAUAUCAGAUGAGUUGAGAAAGAGGAAAGAUAUUGACUUAAGGCAGUUAUUAAAUGCAAAGAAAUCGCCACCACUUGUCUUUAGUAUAGCCGAUAAAGUAGCAAGUCUUACUAAGAAUAAACUUGACGACGAAAGUGAUCAAGAUGAAGAAUCGGAACUCGUUAUCGAAGUGCCAACUGAAGAUGAGGAUAAGGAAAGGGGAAAGCUCCACAGUAGCGAACAAAGUGAACGUCUCAUUUCUUCAUGUAUAGAAGUUCACGAGACAAUGCCACCUCGCUUACCAAAAAAGGCGCAAGAAUUGUUUAUGCGAAUACAACAGCAACAACGCGCGGCUCAGGACAGUUUGAAAAACAUGGAUAAUGAUUCCGACGCACCUAAUACCGAUCAAAUAAUCGAAGAUUGGUAUUCGGAUGACGAAGACGACGAUGAUGAUGACGACGAGGGAGGUAAUCUUACCAUAGUGGAUAGUUCGAAAGACGAAAUUGAAUCCAUCGAAAAGACUCAGAAUGUUGUUAUCAAAGAGAACUUCCAGUCUGCGACAUCUAUAUCCAAUGUACCUCAACCGGCCGCUAUUGUGGACAAACUAGGUGACCUGAGCAAGAUUGAUAUCAGUGCCGAGGUAUCUAAAUUGCUCUCUACCCUGAAGGCUCAGAGUUCCACGAACAACAAGACGCAGCAAGCGGCAAACUCGAAUCAAGAUACGUCGAAGAUUAAAUCAAUGCAAGAUAUAAAGACAGAUAGCGAGACAUCGUCAAGUCCGAGACGGUCACCGGGUCCGAGUUCAUCAACAAUGUCUAUAUCCAGGGAUCCACGAAUGUCUCGGGAUCCCAGGCAACGUCGAGAAGUUGAGCAGAAACCGAGCAGCCCUAGCAUAUCUUCUGAUGUGAAGAGAGAGCAGAAGCCCCUCAGGCUAGAAACGAGCAUCUACAGUUCCGGUAUUACCGCGGUAGACGCUAACAUGGAUACUGAUCUUCGCACGAGAGCGGAUCAAGAUCUCAGACGACAAGACAUGGAUUUCCGACAACGUUUCCAGUCUGGCGAUUUUGGUGACACAGAUUUGCGUGUCAAAUCCGAUGUAGAUCUGCGGCAGAUACUGAGCCUACCGUUCAAACCGGCACCUGCGCAUAUACCAUGUACUGAGAUCGACGCAAGUAUCGCGUCGCAUCCACCGAUGGCAUACAAAGUUUAUGUAGUCGAUAUACCCAGACCGGAUUACACUGGCCUCAAGCUAACCAAGAAUGAUGCACAGGUCAAAUAUGAUCCGCGCCUCCGCAAGAUCUUCCGUAUCACCAAACCUGAGCAACUAGCCGACUCGCCAAUGUCACCACCGCCACAGAUGAAGCAGGAGACACCGAAAUCGCCGCCGCAAUGUGUUCGCUCAGAUCCACGACGGAAAACUCUAGAAGCAGCAGCUUCCAAUCAACAAUCCUCGCAAAAUGCGACCAAUGCUGCAAUGAUGGCUAAAGGGAUGCAGCCAAUGGAGACAAUGGGAUCCAACAUCGGUCUUGGUCCCGCCAGCAUGCAAGUGAGACCUGGUAUGCCUGGCGGUCCAUUGCCUGGCGGCAUUCCGGGUCCACCUCAAAGUAUGAUAGGUCCGAUGGGUCCAAACCAUCCAAUGAACAUGGGUAACAUGGGUCCAAUGAGACCUAUGAUGAACGCUGGACCGAUGCCGCCGCAGAAUAUACCGCCUAUGGGUAUGCCACACGGUCCGUCGAUGGGUAUGAAUGGACCUGUUCCGAUGCCGUCCCAAGGUCAGAUGAAUUUCGAUCCACGUUUCAACGCGCAGCGUAACAAUGGAGCCGGACUAUUGGGCCCUGGGCCCGGUACCUUCGGACCGGAUAAUUACGAGGGAGGGCCGCCUUAUCCUUGCGGUGGCAAUUUCAAUAAUUUUGGAGGACCUAAUGGCGGUAGCAGUGAUCCGUUCGGUCCGAAUGGAUCAAAUGGACCCAAUUUUGGUCCGAUGAAUAGUGACGAUUGGGGCAGUAGACAGCGCGGCGGCCGUGUUCGCCGAAGAAAUCGCAGUAGGACCAAUAUGGUGACCAACAAUUAAAAGAUAUAUUAGGGAAAAUAGAUUGCGAACACCUUUCAUUAUAAUUCUCACAAGCGAUAGAAUUCGCGUGUGUAUAUAUGCGUGCA